AUGGCGUGGCAGAGACAGUUGGACACAUGGGAAACAGGUGGUCGCAAGUCACUGCUUGAGACUGCUAUAGAAUACAGCGCAUACGAACCAUCUCCCGAAGUCGCUCGAGAAAAUCAUCUCGGAAUUCUAUCCAUCAUUCGUGACAUAUUUCGCGCUGUAGUAGAACGACGACUAGCUCCUACAUCCGCAGCGUUCUUCCUCUCUGAAUGGAAUAAACAAGUCUCUCAUGGCCAGGACAAUGAUAAUAGUGGUGCUGGCUCUAGUACAGCUGCUAACCCUACAAGUACGAGUCUCGCAACAUCGGGCAAAGGAUUUGAGCUUGGAGAAGGAUUGAGUAUUGGAUCUCUUGUUGUGGAUGCGCUGGAUACAUUCCAUGCUACCACGGACAAGUCUAUGGCCCAGAUGUACGGAUUAAUGGCCGAAAAUAAUGAUGGUGACGAACGGCUGAGUGAUGCUCCUAGAGUGAGGCUUGAAGAGUUUGCGAGGGCUAUAUUGAAGGAGAACUUUGUCCCAAUCGAAAAGUUCCUCUCAGUCCUGGAAGGAGACUUUAUAGAGGCGCUCGCUGCGGACUUUGGUGUUCGAGUACCACCAAACCCUCCAGGAUAUUAUGGCCUCUUUAGCAGACGCGCCGUCAAAUACUCUACAAUGACUUCUUAUAAACAAACCAAAUUCAAUCUAUUACGAGAAGAAUCAGAAGGGUAUGCCAAACUGAUUACCGAAUUGACGACAGAUCUACCACCUCCAGUCGACUCAUGGACUGCUGCAUAUAUUGCACCCGGUGAAUCAUCGCCACGUGAACGUCGCAUCAAAACACGAGUAGCCUCCAUGCUAAAAAAUAUAAAGGCUAUUAUCGGAUACUUUUAUCUAGAUCCAAAUCGAGUACUGGAUAUCAUACUCGAUGUAUUUGCUAUGGAUGUCAAGGACCAAUGGGAUUUCUUUCUGGAAUUACUUCUGGCUAGUCCUUGGAAGAGGAGGACGCCGGUACCUGAACCGCCUAAGCAGCUGGAACCUCAAAAGACUGAAGAAUCGGAGAAAAAGGAUCCUGCUAAACCAGAUAAAGGAAAAAACGAUGCAAAGCAGCCUGAACGUGAUCGUAUUGCUCAAAUUCUCGGGUUCAAGUUUCUGCAUUACUCUAAUUUGUUGUUGGGUAUUAGAGGAGCGGAUACGUGGCAAGACCUGCAAGAUGAUAGUUAUGAUGGUCACCCAGAUACAGUGCAACAGACCAUACGAUCGCUAUAUCAAGUUGCUGCCUUGUUGAUUAAAUACAGGGUCAUGGAUUUCGCAGAGUUGUAUCCGUAUCUAUCACCGGCUGAUACAGACUUUCAACAAGAGCGACUCGCUUACCGUAAGGAUUUGGAGAGUCGUCGAAAUUCAAGAUUCGAAAAUGCUCAGGACAACGUACUGGCGCUGGCAGGUGGAUUAGACGAGCGAACUAGUAUAGUAGAUACUGGAGCAGGUGGUGUCAUUGUAACGGCAGAGAGAGUGACUGAAGAGAGAGCCAGAGCUUUGAGACGAAAUCAAAAGGCAAACUUAACAGAAAUAUUGCUGGGAAUAGGAGCCCUCCAAGAUGCAACCCGCGUGAUGCAUCGACUUCCAGAUAUGGCGGCCAUCUUUCCUGAUGUUGCUCAAAACUUUCUACGAUGUCUACACGAGUAUAUCGAACCUUAUUACCGACCUAUAUGUCCUAUAUUACUAUCACAGACAAAGGUUCGAUUCGUGCCAACGAAGGAAUCUGUUGCCCUAUUGCAGGCUCAGUUUCCAGCUGCAACAACAGAGACAAGGACAUCACCUUUGGCAACCAAUGUAUUUGAUACUCUCACACAGGGCAAGAAGCUGGUCGCACCCAAGUGGCGAUUCUUCUUUCCACAUUGGAGGGACGAGAUAAAGCCACAUCCAGAAACUCCUAAAUUUAUUAAAGAUCUUCGAGCCAUGUUGACUUAUAUUGGACCGGGUUUGAACAAGGAUUUGAUGUUGGCUGUGAAGAUUGCUAGGAUGGGAAUACACUACACCAAGGAUGAUGCUCCACUAGAAAUGAAGCAACAAUGGUUGUAUAUACUCUCGCAACAUCUUUUACCUGCAUUGUCAUUGAGCGAUUCAAAUCCAGCCUUCUCGUCUGAAAUAUGGAAAUUGAUGGCUAAUUAUCCGUAUCAGAUUCGUUGGAACUUGUAUCAAGAUUGGGAUGAGAGAAGCCAGGAUAAUAUUGUCUGUCCAGAAUUAUACAAUGCAAGAACCAUCUGUCUGAAUGACAUUCGAUUCAUCAUGAAGCGUUUGUCAGCUGAGAACAUCAAAGUGUAUGGCCGUGGUAUUGGUAAAAUCGUUCACUCUAAUCCAACCACAGCCUUGAACUAUCUCAUACAACAAAUAUCUGGUGAUAAUAUGGAUAAUUUCAUCAAUCUCGUAUCCGAUGCUUCACGAUACUUGUCUGAACUGGACUUUGAUGUAUUGGCCUACACUCUCGUUCGACAAUUGGGUGAUAAAAGCUUGAAGAAAACCAUUGAAGACGGUUUGACACCCACCACAAACUUUGCAGCCAUUGCCAAGUUUGUGGGUACUGUGUAUCGUAAACAUCAGCAAACCGAAUUAGCUGGUUUGCUGGCAUAUCUCAAGAAUCGAUUCGAGGAACCUGAAUUAUAUGAUAUGCUCGUCUUGUCUGAAGUUGUAGGACAAAUGAGUACAUUACGAUACAUCGAGAAUCCAACAGAUAAAGGUCUGGAGGGUUUGGCUGGUGGUGAGGCCUUGAAACGAGAGUCAUCUCAGCUCGAAAGACAAUUCAAGAAGCAUUCUGUACGAUUGGCGUCAGCAUUGAAUGAAUCGAAGCUGGCUGAUCAGUUUGCAAUCUUGCUUGCACAGCAAUUACGGGAUUUGCCUUUCAUUGGAAGUGCAUCGUCAACUGAUUUGAAGACUGUUGCUGUCAAAGUCGAUCAGAUCAAGAAAGUCUUUUUGCAAUAUACAGAAUUCUUCGCUACAAGUGCAGAUGUUGAAGCCUAUGCUAGAACAUUUCCCUCACUGGAAGAACUGGUUGAUAAAUAUGGGUUGGAAAUGGAUUAUGCCUUCCAUCUGAUGAGACCGACACUUGCUCAACUUGUCAAGAAAAAUCCACAUCCUGACGAAGUUGCCAGAGCUGCCGAAGUAAUGGAUGUAGAUCAAGACACAGAUCCAAACAUACCGCCAUGGCAGCCUGCCUUACUACCAACCAUAGAAGCAGUCACUAGACUACUUCCAAAAUCAUUCACCGAUGCACUCCCAGUACCAUUUUUCGUCACCUUCUGGCAACUCUCCUUGUACGAUAUACAUGUGCCAACCGAACGCUAUGAAGACGAAAUGAGAACACAACUCGGCAAUUCCAAGAAAUUGAUGGCCGAAGCUUCUAGGCCUGAUGUUGAUAGUAAAGACCGCUCAAAAAAGACAUCAGAAGCAAACAGAGCUUCUUCUGCUGCUGAUGCGUUGAGGAAGGAACUCAAGAUACAUACUGAACAUAACGCUGUUGUCAAGCAGAGGUUGGAACGUGAGAGGAAAUACUGGCUUCCUGACUAUGAACGAAUUAGAGCCACAGAACUCUUUUGCGAGCAAUGCCUGCUUCCAAGAGCCAUGAUGUCUUAUGCCGAUGCAGAAUAUUGUGCCAAGUUUAUAUUCCUCUUGCACACUCUUCCAACUCGUAACUUUCCCACUGUUUUCGUUUUGGAAAGGAUGUUCAACGCUGGGGCACUUCGAGCGCUGCUUGCGUCAAGUACCGAGUUGGAAAUACGAUGUCUGGCGGUCUUCUACAAACGGCUGUUACAAGUCUGUAUGGGAUGGAUGCAAGACGCCACGUCGUAUACCAUUAAAGCAUUAGGAGACGUCGGAAAAGGAGAAGGUAGACCUGGUUUUGUCCGCAAAUGGACUGGAGAGGUUCUCCAUAAUCAUGAUGCGGUACCAAAGGAAAAGCUGGUUCCUUUAGAACAAUAUCGUCUAGCUGUGGGUAAAUGGCAUGUACGAAUCUCCUUGUCCAUUACUGCAAGUUUGCAAACAGGCAUAUAUGUACAGCAAAGAAAUGCCUUGCUAUUCGCCAAUGGGCUAGUUGGCCUAUUCCCAGCGUUCAAUCAACAAGGAAUCCCGUUGCUGGAUGUUUUGAAAGAGUAUGUAGCAGAAGAAGAAACUCCUGAUCUCAAGCAGCUGGCCAUAAGUUAUCGAGGCAAUAUCUAUAAAGAGAAGCACACUUGGAGAGGUAAAAUUCCGAUAGUGCCAGUGAAGCCACCAGCUGUAGUUGCUUUAAAUAAUGCAGUACCGAUAAUUGUUGAAUCUAUUCCAGAUGGAAUCUUGGAAGCAACGAUGAACUCUGAACUACUAACAAGACGAUCUACUUCAAGGACCAACAACGGCGUGGCUGAUGUAGAGAUUGUCUCAACCAAGCCAGGUCCGACACCCACGCUAUCUUUAGUAUUCCCAGGUUCAUCAGCAGUCAUACCAAAUGAAACGGACGUGGACUCGAUGGCACCACCAACUGUACCAGCAACCAACACCGUCCGUGGUAGACUAGAAGGUAGUAGCACCGCAUUAGGGGCGACAGGAACGGCUAGCCCUAGACAAGAACCCCCAAUGCUUCCUCCUGGAACUUCCAGUUUUGCUCGACCGGAAGGUACUCCAAGUGCCGCUACUCCGUCAGCGAUGCCUAGGCCAGAAGUGAGACGUACUCCAGCAUCCGAUCUCCCACCUCGACCAUCAAACUCUGCCUUGUCUUCACGGUACACUCGACCUCCUAUUCAAGCCGAAGAUAGUCCUAUGAACAACGGUGACGGUAAACGACCAUCUAUGGAAGACAGCAGUAGUGGUGGGUCUACGCAUCGUCGUGAAUCGGAUCAUCCUGAUGAGAAGUCUAGUACUGGUAGAACAGAUUCACGAGAUGCAACAGGCAAAGCAGAUACAAGAGACCACAGACAAGAAUCUUCCCGAGAUCCUACUGGACGUGAUGAACGCAAUGCUGAACGAGAAUCCGUGCAUCAUCGAGAACCGCCAUCGUUCAAUAACAAUAAUCGGGAUCGUAAUUAUGACCGUGAUGCGAUGUCUCAUCGUAGUGAUACUCGAGGUGACCGUGAGCGAAGUAUACGUUCACCUUCACCUGGUGGUAGUAAAAGUAGCACCAUCAACAAACGAGAUACUCGAGAUACUCGACCACAUGGCAUCAAUAUUGAAGAUGAUCGAGAUGGUACACGCCACAAAAGGUCUACUUCGCCAAAGCAUCAUCGUAAUAGAUCACCGUCUCCACGUCGAAUAAAUACUAGCACAACGAAAGACAAAGAUGCCGCUCCCCCAUCAUCAACCAAACGGGAUGUUUCAGAUCGUCGUGAAAAGACAUCACGAUUCAGCACUGUAGAUGAUCGUGAAAAGACUCCCAUAUAUUCACCUGGUGAUUUCGACGUAUCUAGUCCAACACGACGAGAUGCUCGAGACACGAAGGACACUCAGUCUACAACAGGAGGUGAACGUAAAAUGAAUAUCUCUGAUAGGCUAGGUCCUCAGCCGAGGCCAGUCGAAUCCGAGUCUAUAACAACACCAACAGUACCGAUAGCAGCAACACCACCAACAGCAACCGACAGUGCUAGUCGACGACGUGACGCUGAGCGAAAAGACAAAGAUGCCUCAUCAACAUCUGAUCGUAAGGAGGAUCGCAAAGAGGAUCGUAAAGAUGAUCGAAGGGAUAAAGAUGUCACGUUUGAACGUAAAGACGAACGACGGGAUAAAGACUUGGAUAGAAAAGACAAGGAUGAUGGCAGCAAGAGUCGCAAACGAGAUGGAGACUCAGAUCGUGGUCGUAAAGAUCGAGAAAAGGAUGAACGACGAGAUCGUGGUGAAUCCAAGGAAAGAGAACGUCGUAAGGAACGUGAAAAGGAACGUGAACGAGAUCGUGGUACCAGUAGUACCGGUAAAGAACGUAAACGAGAUCGGGAUGGUAAGGAUGACCGAGACACUGGUGUCAAGCGGAGCAGGAAUGGUGAUGAUGGACCAGCUGAUUCACCAGAGCCUUUUGCAGCUGCAUCAGAGAGUAUUCCAACUCCCAGCAUUCCAGUUGCCGAUGUACAACGUCAAAGCUUCUCGAUCCUUGGAUCUGGUACUCGAAACUCGUUGAAAAGAGCUGCAGAGGAAGCCGCCUCUUCAACACGAUUCUCACCCAAUCCAAUACAAACAUCAGUCAAUCCUGGCAUUCCUGCGGGUGGAGCAACGUCUGCUACCACACCCACAUUGCCGCCGCCACCACCAAAUUCAGCUAAACGAGCACGUACAGAGAUUCCUGAUGCUGGAGAACGAUGGGGAAACAGGAAUAAUGAUUCAGACCGUCGUGGUGACCGUGAUCGACGUGAUGGUGAUCGUAGACGACGUUAUUGA